ACCCCACCCCCCGCGCGGGGCGGGCGGGGAUCCACGGGUUUCGCUCCGCGUUCGUAGCAGAGAAGGGAGGACCCUUGGGAACCGGACCCUGGUCGCCCAGUCCUGUUCUGGCUUGGGCCCACAUGGAGGGGACCGCGGAGUCCCAGACGCCGGACUUGCGAGACGUGGAGGGCAAGGUGGGCAGGAAGAUCCCUGAAGGACUGCUCCGCGGGCUUCGAGGCGAGUGCGAGCUGGGAACCUCUGGGGACGUGCUGCUCCCGGGGGCGCCCAGCACCGGCCACGGCCUAGGGGACAAGAUCAUGGCGCUGAGGAUGGAGCUGGCUUACCUGCGAGCUAUCGAUGUGAAGAUCCUGCAGCAGCUGGUGACCUUGAACGAGGGUAUUGAGGCAGUGCGCUGGCUGCUGGAGGAGCGGGGUACACUGACGAGCCAUUGCAGCAGUCUCACCAGCAGUCAGUACAGUCUGACAGGGGGAAGCCCAGGACGCUCAAGGCGGGGCAGUUGGGACAGCCUGCCAGACACCAGUUCAACUGACCGGCUGGACAGUGUCUCUAUUGGCAGCUUCUUGGACACUGUGACCCCCAGAGAGCUGGAUGAACAAGGACUCCCUGGGCCUUCCUGUCCUGAGAUUGACUGGGCAAAGGUUAUCCCCACUGAGGACAGGGCCAGGACUGAGGUGGACAUGACAUCCACUAAGCUAGGGAGCUUAACAGCCACAUGGAAGCUCCCGGGGGAUGGGCUCCAGUGUGGACCACCUGAGCCAUCAGAGGAUGGCAAUGCUAACCAGGGCUUUGAAGCUCAUUGGUACUGGGGACAGUGCCAGGAUGAUGUGACCUUCUUGUAAAAACUUUCCUACCCAUUUGUACUUUGUGGCUCUUUCAACUUUUGGCCCAAGUCUCCCUCAAUUUUUCCUCCACCUCCAACUAACUAGACAGAGGCUGUAUUACAAUCCGUUACCAUGGAAGCCUGGCUUAUCUCUCUGGUUCCUGGGGAGCCUCUGCAUUUAUCCCUCAAUUAUUGGGUCCCUAGAGCUAUUUCCAUAGAGAUAUUGACUCUAGAGGCCUAGCCUGUGGCUCCUGUUGUAAGGGUAUCUCCAUGCCCCUCCCCAGUGAGGUGAAUUUUAUGGAACGUAGGGCCUCUAGGAGAUCACUGAAGAAGAGAUGGGGGAUAAUCACCCCAUCCAAAGCCUAGGAGCCAGGAUGCCUCUUACAGAACGGUGGAGAUUGACCCUGUCAGAUGCGCAAGCCUCCAUGGACUGGCCCUCCUAGAUGCCUUUGGAGUUGGGAGACCAAUCCUUUCAUGCCUGCUGAGUGACUUCAUUGCCUGUCAUGAUACAUGAAGUGCUUCCUCUGUACCAGUCCUGGUGGGUGUGGCACUUAAUGUCCCUGCCGCUGCCUCCUGUGAUAGGGAACAUACCGCUUUUCCUGGG